AUGUCCUUUGUGGACGAUCAAGCAGACACAUAUGUAGGGUCAUUCCCCAAAGGGUUUGGUUAUAGACCUGAAGAGACUGACAUUGAUGGAGCAGUGAGUCCUGGGGAUGAGAAGCCAAGGAUUUUGUUAAUGGGUCUUAGAAGAAGUGGCACGUCAUCAAUACAACAAAAGGUUGUCUUCCAUAAAGUGUCACCUAAUGAGACUUUGUUCCUGGAGAGUACCAAUAAAAUUGUCAAAGAUGAUAUUUCCAAUUUAUCAUUUGUCCAGUUUCACAUCUGGGAUAUUCCUGGCCAAAUUGAUUUCUUCGAUGCUGCCUUCGACUCAGAGUAUAUCUUUGGUGGAUGUGGCGCCCUAAUUUUUGUUAUUGAUGCUCAAGAUGACUACAUGGAAGCAUUAUCCUGGUUAAAAAUGGCAGUGAGCCGUGCCCACAAAAUUAAUGAGAAUAUAAAAUUUGAAGUGUUUAUCCACAAAGUGGAUGGGCUGUCUGAUGACAACAAGAUAGAAACACAGAGAGACAUUCUGCAGAGAGCAACAGAUGAGCUAGCAGACGCGGGGAUGGAUAAUAUCAGACUAAGUUUUCACUUAACCAGCAUCUACGAGCAUUCAAUAUUUGAAGCCUUCAGCAAGGUUGUGCAGAAGCUGAUCCCCUAGUUGGCUGUCAUGGAGAACAAGUUGGACAUUGUCAUCUCUAACUCGAAAAGUGAGAAGGCCUUCCUCUUUGAUGUCGUUAGUAAAAUUUACAUCGCCACAGACAGUUCACCAGUUGAUAUGCGAUGUUACGAACUGUGCUGCGAUAUGGUUGACGUUGCAAUUGAUAUUUCUUGUACAUACGGUGCUCGUGAUGAUGGUGUAUUUGACAAUGAGUCGGCUUCAUUUAUCACACUAAACUCCAGUACAGUGUUGUUUCUUCGGGAGGUCAACCGGCAUGUGUGUAAAGCAACAGAAUGUUUUUCUUCACCAUGUUUUUCAUAA